AUGUUGUUGCUAUCAUUAACGGCAUGCUUCCGUGUGAGCGCAACGGGCAGGCAAUCGCAGAAUCCCAUUUGCAGUGGCAAGCUGCCGAUCACGUACCCAAAGGAUCCGACCAACACUGAGAUCCCGUACAAUCAUCUUGUCUCGACGCGCUGUUUGUGGGACAACUGCGCGAUGCGAUGGGAAUUCGGUGCCAGUUUCAGCUACACCAAGUUCAACUACUCCUCGGUUUCGCUGGAUAAGACAACCAUCAUCAACGCGGAUGACACGCUCACGGCCAGUCACCGUGACGAACGUCGGCUCGUAUGUUGGCAAGGAGACAGUCGUGCUGUUUCUCAUCCUUCCGUUCCGCAAAACCUUGGUGCCAGAGAUAAAGCUACUGAAGAGGUUCAAGAAGAUCGAGUUGCAACCGGGUUGUACCAUAAACGUGACAUUCUUACUGUCGGUGGAGGAUUGGGGCAUCUACAAACCGCAAAUAGGAUAUGGUCUAAACAGGAUCGUCGAGGACAGCAAAUAAGUCGUGGCAAUCAAGCCAGACACGUGGUGCAACCUGUACAAGAACAUCACGAACCCUCUUUGUGCCCCAUUUACUAUCAGUAUAGGCAAGAGUGCCGGCAACAUGAGCACUAG